GUGAGAAAUCAUUAGAAAAGUGCCGUGCCUAAGUUUUUAAUCAAAUAGUACGCUAAAAAUAAAGAUUUCCGUGGACUUUUAUCGGUUAUUUGUGUAAUCUCUCAAUAGAUUACAAGAAUCUGCAUUUAGUUGGAAGCGUGAAUUGUUUUUCAAAAAUAUUUUUGGCAUAAAAGUGUCAUUUUUUUCCUUUGUAGUGUCACUAUAAGGACGGCUAAGACCGCCACGGUCCAUCUUGCCAGAGUAGUGUCAUUUGUUUUUCAGCAGAUUUUUACACAAUUAUUCAAGCUGGCUACUGCAGCGAUGUCCACCCAGCAGAGCCCUGCCAGUUUGCAGGCGGCGGCCAACAGUGAAAAAGUGUUUCAGUGGAUCAAUGAGCUGUCAAAUCCCGAGACGCGUGAAACUGCCCUAUUAGAGCUAAGUAAGAAACGAGAGUCGGUUCCUGAUUUGGCACCGAUGCUAUGGCAUAGCUUUGGUACUACGGCUGCGUUGCUACAGGAGAUUAUCAACAUUUAUCCAUCGAUAAACCCAGCCACCCUAACAGCUCAUCAAUCAAAUAGGGUCUGCAAUGCAUUGGCUUUGUUGCAGUGCGUUGCAUCACACCCGGAAACCCGAUCUGUCUUUCUCGCUGCACAUAUUCCGUUGUUUCUGUACCCGUUUUUGCACACAACAUCGAAAACACGACCGUUUGAGUACCUGAGACUCACCUCUCUCGGUGUUAUUGGUGCUCUGGUGAAAACCGAUGAACAGGAAGUCAUAACGUUUUUGCUGACGACGGAAAUAAUUCCGCUUUGUCUGCGAAUCAUGGAGUCUGGUUCGGAAUUAAGUAAAACUGUCGCUACGUUUAUUCUCCAGAAGAUACUGCUAGACGAUAGCGGGCUGUCGUACAUUUGCCACACCUACGAUAGGUUCUCGCAUGUGGCGAUUAUUUUGGGUAAAAUGGUGAUUUCUCUAUCAAAGGAACCUUCAGCGAGACUUUUGAAACAUGUAGUACGAUGCUAUCUGAGAUUAUCGGAUAACCCUAGAGCUCGUGAAGCCCUCCGUCAGUGCCUGCCGGAUCAGUUGCGGGACGGAACAUUUGCUGCUUGUUUACAAGAAGACAAGUCUACAAAACCGUGGCUAUCGCUACUGCUCAAGAAUCUGGAAACAGUGACCGUAUCUGGCAUUUCUCCGUUAACUUCCUAAUGGAACUGGGUGUGAAUGGUGAUUGAAUGAGUUUGUGCGUGUUUGUAUGAGUGAUCGAGUUGGCAUGCUAGCAUGGCCUUUAGAAAGAACCACUGAAUGGCAACUGUGUCCACCCUCUCCAGCCACCCCUUUAAAACAUGUGUUCCUGAAUCUGAUCGAACCACGUGACCACCAGUCGAAUACUGAACCAAGUUUUCAAUUUAAAUUGAAGUAAGAGUGAUUGCAAAUUGUUCCCUUACAACGGAAGUGGUAAAACAUAAUCAUUUUGGGCUAACCGAUAACAAACGAGCAAACAGUGUCUCCUUUCGUUUUCUAAUUUAAAUCAUUAGGGUACUAAGUCUUAAUACAGAACUUGUGGGUCAUUUAGAAUUUAGAGCAAAUCCGAGUUAGUUUAAGAGUUAUUACGAAAAAUUUUCCAGGAAAAUAGUCCUAUUCUAUAUUAAGAAUUUCGUUAAUAAUAAUAAUAAACGAGAUCACGUUUGUAAUUGAAAAAAAAAUUGUUAAGAUGUAUUCUUUUUUGUAUUCCCAUAAAAUAGGCGAAAGAAGUUAAAAAUGCAUACAUUACAAAAAAUUAUUCAUAUUCGUGCAUCCAUAUACGAAAAAAAGCUGCUAGUAGAAUAGGACGAAAGGAAGAAAUGUGAGGCUGUUCAACAGCUCAAGAGUUUGUACACAGAAUGUAACCAGAAUGUUACAGGUCAUAGCCUAUUAACAAAAUCGCUACCUUUAAUUUAUUCCUUUCCAAUCGAGUUUAGUUUGUAUUGAAAUACUUAUUGUCAGUAUAAAGAAAAAUUACGCGGAAAGUAUUUAUCACAUUUUGUACGAACUUUCAGAGAGUCAAUACAAAACUAAUACCGGCAGAGAUGAUAAAAAAGCGAGCUAAUUAUAAGCUACAUGUUCAAUAAAUAAA